UAUGCUUAUUGCUCACAUUCGAAUGCCCUGCUACACUUCCCUGCAGGUCAAAAGUCAGAUGUGGCAGAUACGGAUUGCCAAAUCAAACCCGAUAUUGAGUUUCUGAGAUAAGACUGUGAAUAGGAGGUCACGGUGGAGAGGAGAUGACAGACAGACUUUGGACCCAUUUUACUCACUCUUCUUCUUCAGCCACCGGCUGCAGCAGAUCGGUUUUGUCUCCCUUUUUCUUCUUGUGGAAAACAUGAAGAUCGAUUUUGCCCCACUGCAAACGCCGUUGCACAGGAGGCUGCAGACGGCGGCGGUGCUGCAGUGGGUCUUCUCCUUCCUUGGCCUGGCACCCACCUGCAUCCUCCUGUUUUUUUAUCUGCUCUUCACACGCUUCUGGCUGAUCAGCGUGCUGUACGCUGUCUGGUGGUUCUUUGACUAUGACACUCCUUCCCGCGGAGGCCGCCGGGUGCCUUUCUUGUGUGGCCUCAAACUUUGGGAUUACAUGCGGGAUUACUUCCCGGUCAAGUUGGUGAAGACAGCCGACCUGGAUCCCAGGCAUAACUACGUCAUGGGUUUCCAUCCCCACGGUGUGCUGGUGGCAGGAGCCUUUACUAACUUCUGCACCUAUUCUACGGGCUUCAAACAGCUAUUUCCUGGCCUCACCACCUGUCUGCUCAUGUUGCCCCUUUGGUUCAGAGCCCCAUUCUUCAGAGACUACAUCAUGUGCGCAGGUCUGAUUCCUUCAGAUAAAAAGAGCGCCAGCUAUCACCUCCGAAAAAGAGGUGGUGGUAACGCUGUUGUGAUAGCAGUCGGUGGGGCUCCAGAGGCCCUUGAUGCCCACCCAGGGGGCUACGAUGUACUCUUGGCCAAUAAGAAAGGCUUCAUCAAAAUGGCAAUGGAGCACGGCGCUCACCUGGUGCCAGUCUUCUCCUUCGGAGAGAAUGAAGUGUACGAUCAAGUGGGAAACCCGAGAGGAACCUGGCUUCGAUCUACACAGGAACGGCUGCAGAGCGUCAUGGGUAUCUCCCUGCCUCUCUUCCACGCUCGUGGCAUCUUCCAGUACUCCUUUGGUCUCAUGCCUUACAGAAAACCCAUCAAUACAGUAGUUGGCCGGCCAAUACGGGUGGAGAGGAAAGAGAAGCCAACGGCCGAAGAGCUGGAUGCACUUCACCAGCUGUACAUGGAUGAGCUCAGCAAUCUGUUUGAUGAGCACAAAGGCAACUAUGGGAUAGACAAGGACACACACCUGAAUUUUGUCUAAGCUGGACUGGUGAUGGAUUUGAAUGCCUAUUUAUUUGUAAAGCUCACAUAAUCGUACUUUUUGAUUGACUCUGUACGCCCGACUUUCCUCCCAAUCCAAACUGUUAUCGGUUCUGCAACAAGACACACAGUCAUUUGACAUUUGUUUUAUAAAAGUUAGGAUUCAACCAGAAUGGAAAUCCACAUAUCCACUUACUUGUCACUGUUCAGAGGGAACACUGAUGACACAAGUCAAGUUUUUCCUCACUUAAUCUGCCAAUCUGUUGUGGCAUCUGUCUGGGGUUUGUGCAAGACCUGACACUUCACUCUCCCUCUUAAACAGAGUCAUAGGUCGAAUUUAGAUUACAACAACUUUUUGGAGACGCUGUCGUAAAAAUAUAAAAUAUAUUCAGGGUUCAGUGUCUUUGUGACAAACAGAGAAAAUAAAGAUCUUACAUACGCCACUCAACUGAACUUUCUUUCUUUUGCUUCUAUAAUAUAAAAGACAAGACCAGUUUUUAUUGUAACCAUCUACAAAUCAUAUAUAAACAGAUACCUGUACAUUAAUUUAGAAUCAAGGCAACAUGAUUUUGGCCCCAGGAGUGUUCUGGCUUUAGUUUGAAGUCUGAUGGUAUUGAAUAAUCAUAUUUAAGCAGGCUUUGGUUCCAACAGUCAGGAUUGCAUGAAAAGCAGUCUCAGAACCAAUCAUGAUGAUUUAGCUUUUGUAUCAGCUUUUUAAAAGCUGCACUAGAAGCCCAGAAACAUUAGUUGUAGUUAGAGGUUAUAUUAUGGUCAGACAGUAUCUGAUAGAUUCCCAGACCAUCUCUCCGAAGCAUCAUCUUUGUUUCAGCUGUUCAGUAAUUUUCCAAAAUGUGGAACUAUACCUGAUGUUUAAAUUACCCAAAUGAAAGAUGUGAUUCGCAUCAAACCUGAUAUGAAAUAAGUCUGUUGGACAUGAACUCACUCAGGUUUAAUGGUGGUUUUGGUGGUUGAUUAAACACGCUCAAUGGUUACGUGUCAAGAUUACUUUUAUAGAUUUAUUAGUUCUAAAUUCCACAUUAAAGGUCGGGUGUCUGGUUUUCGAUCAGGUUCCCACAUGAUAAGACUGUCUGUGAACUUUGGUGACACUUUUUUUUUUUUUUUUUGUUACCUCAGAUGGCAGGGCUUCUGAUAUUUCCAAAUGAUCAGGGCAUUGUCCAAUGCCCUGAUCAUUUCAACACAAUCUGGACAAGAGCUGUGUGUAUUGGGCUGACGAAAAUGCUGACUAAAAGAAAAACUUACAG